AACGCGGUAAAGCUCGCGCAUGCACAGAACUGAAAUCGGCCGUGAUUGGCGCUGCAUCGUAGUACCAACUGUAUUUUCCUUUCAGUCAUUCCAGCGAAGAGGGGUGGCGUGUAAUAUUAAAUAGUGGUAGCCUAAUUGGUGGUAGCACUGCACUGAAGAGAUUUCGGAUCACGCCGCCGACGCAGUGCGACACCCACCGCUUUCAUCAGUCUUUCACGAACAAUCCUCAUGGCCGGUGAGUAGAGCUUAUUUGACUAACAUUUUGUUUGCCACACAUCCGACUCAAAUUCUCAUUGUUACACCAGAUAUGUAACAUGUAACGGUCAGAAAUACAGUGUGAUCAUAUGUCAUGUCUUAUUUGGGAUAUAAAUACAGAAAUAACACUUUGUAUGUAAAGCCUAACCGGGAUAGUUCAAAACUUGUAAAAUCGGUGCUCGUAUCUGUAAUUUAUUUUCUGACAUUUUCUAAUGGGUUAAUUUAAUGAGACAAUAUUUCUGCUCCAUUGAUUGAAACGUACCGUACGAAAUUCAACCGAUAAUGACACAGGCUAUCGUGUAAAAUAUGUUGCGAACUGUCUUCCGCCAUUAUGGUGGCGUGGUAGCGUCACAAAUAUAUUCACAAGGAGACGGAGUAGGUUGGAUGUAGCGUACUCGUCCUUUUUUUUUUUGAUACAUUUUUUUUUCCUUUUAUACUCUCUGAUUGGAUAAAAAAUCAAAAACGACGUUAAUUCGGAGGAAAAACCCGAUUCGCGACAUCCAACCUACGCCCCAUCUUGUCGGUAUAACGACGGUUGCACGGAUGUGGGGAAUUCCCCGCGAACUCGACAAGCCUCCGACCAACGAAUAGGGUCGUCCAAAAAAAAAAAAAAAAAAAUCGGAUCAUUACUGAAUAUUGAACAUUAUGCUAUUUAAAUGUGAAUUACCGCUUAGGAAGGUAUUUUAUAAUGUUAAUUAUUAUUAAAAACGAAAUUAAAAAGGACGAAAUUCGCAGUUGGUAGAAACGCGUUGUGAUUGGACGCCAUGUGCCGUGACGUCAUAAACUAGCAGAUUCAAAUCCGUAGCGUUAGAUUUGUACAGGCUUGUCACGGUUUUUGUUCGUGACUUCUUAUUUUGCUCCAAAAUGAACAUCGGAUUCGUCAAAGCACAAUCCGAUAAUCUUCCUAAAGUGACAGUAUUGAUGGUUACCGAUUUUUUCUCGGAAAGUGAUUAUUUUAAUGCGGCCGAAACGAGGGGUGUCAAGGCUCGAAGGUAAGUUAAGUUUUCCGAACAUUAUUUCGCAUUUUACUAUUACUAAUCGAAGCUCGUAACAAUACCCAAUGGUGCAUAUGUACAAUCGGAUUUUCUGUCCUUUUGCUUUCUUGAAUAUAAACGUAUUGUAAUUUUAGUAACGUACAAUAACCUAUAAAAAUCGUUUCAUAUCUAGAGCCGAAAGAGAGGAUUAUGGCGACGCUGCAGUUGGAUACGUAGAGCCCGAAGAGAAGGAAAUUUGUGUAACGUUCGUGGAAGAGUGUGUCCCGAACAUAGGAUGAACAGCAAAGCAUAUGCUGUUUCAAUGAUCGUCGAUGAAGAAAACGAAUCGAUAGAAAGAGUCACUUGUGAAGAUUGUGCAGCCUCGGCAGGAGGUUGUAAGCACGUCAUUGCUUUUUUGAUGUGGGUCCAUCGGCGAAGCGAAGAACCUGAACCGACAGCAACCGUAUGCUAUUGGAAGAAGCCACGUCUAGCUCAAGUUGCAUCGAAUGUUAGAUCUUUGAAAGCAAAAGAUAUGCGAGCACCCAAAGUUCCGGAAGAUUUACCCGAUAAUACAGCAUUUUUUAAAACUGUAUUAGAUAAAAUGCAAAAAAGGAAAUUCGACAGUCAGAUCUCACGGCAUUACAUCAAUCAAGAUUCGACCAAGGUUUUAUCGCUGCACAAUAUAAUGCUAGAAUUUUGUAGCUCUUCAGAUAAUAGUGAUGUACAGAGUUUUUUGAGAUUUGCAAGUGCUACAAUGACUGAAGAACGAUGCCUUCUAGCUAGGAAAGGGACGGAAAAUCAAAGUGAGUCUAAAUUAUGGAACGAGUUACGGUAUGGUCGGAUUACAGCAUCUCGACUCUACGAAAUGGCACAUUGCACAACGAAGAGCGGGUCGCUGGUAGAGCAGGUUAUAGGAAACUUGAACAUCAGAGACACCGAAGCAAUGGAGAGAGGAAGACGAUUAGAAAAAGAUGUCAUAAAGCUAAUGAAAGAGAUAUUGAAAACGGACAUAGAGGAUUGUGGACUACUCUUGGAUUCGAGGUUCCCUGUUAUCGGUGCGUCACCUGAUGGCGUGGGAAAUGACUUUGUAGUUGAGAUAAAGUGUCCAAUGACCCCUAAAGCAGAAUCUAGAUACAUCACAGCAAACUAUCAAGUGGCGAAUAAAUUUCUAGCUCAAAUUCAACUCCAGAUGUUUUUGAAAAAUGUGAAAAAGGGUUAUUUCUGUGUAGCCACACAUGAUUUUGAAACAAGUCAUGCAAUCAAACUGAUCUGUGUAGAAUAUGAUGAAGAUUUUCUACUGGAUCUCAUAGAAAAGGCCAUGGCUUUUUGGCAGGAGAAUAUUUAUCCAGUCAUUUUUCAAUCUGCAAAGAGCUAGGCUGAAGACAAUAAUUGAAACAAAAAUUGAGACAUUAUAUAUAACAUAUUUAAUAAGUCUAUAUCUUUUAUAAGUAUAAUAUACAGUAUUAUUAUUGGU